CCUGCAGACCAACAUCUCAGACAUGUUGAAAAAGAUUUUCUGAUCCCAAAAAUAAUGAGAGAAAAGACCAGAGAAAGGUGUUCUGAACAAGUUGAAGAUUUUACCAGAUGUUGCAUGGACUCUGGAAUCCUUAUGAUAAUAAAAUGCCGGAAAGAAAAUUCUUCAUUGAAAGACUGUCUAACUGCUUACUAUAAUGAUCCAGCUUUCCAUGAAGAAUGCAAACUGGAAUAUCUCAAGGAAAGGGGAGAAUUCAGAAGAACCGGAGUCCCUACCAAGAAAAGGCUACAGAAGCUUCCCACAAGCAUGUAGGCAAAUAGUGAGU